AUGUCUUCAUCAAUUCAAUUAUUAAACCCAAAGGCAGAAUCUUUUAGACGCGAUCAAGCAUUACAAGUAAAUAUCAAUGCUGCUCAAGGUUUACAAUCUGUAUUAGCUUCAAAUUUGGGUCCAAAAGGAACAUUAAAAUUAUUAGUUGAUGGUUCGGGUGGGUUAAAAUUAACAAAAGAUGGCAAAGUUUUAUUAACAGAAAUGCAAAUUCAACAUCCAACUGCUGUUAUGAUUGCAAGAGCUGCAACUGCUCAGGAUGAAAUUACUGGUGAUGGUACCACCACAGUAAUUUUAUUAGUUGGAGAAUUAUUAAAACAAGCUGAAAGAUUUAUUAGUGAAGGUGUUCAUCCAAGAGUUAUAGUUGAUGGAUUUGAAAUUGCAAGAGAAACAAGUUUACAAUUUUUAAAUAAUUUUAAAAUAAAUGUUGAAAAAUUUGAUCGUGAAUUUUUAUUACAAAUUGCAAGAAGUUCAUUAAGUACAAAAAUUCCAAAUGAAUUAAGUGAUUUAUUAACACCAAUUGUAACUGAUGCUGUAUUAACAGUUAAAAAUAAUGAAAAUGAUAAUUUAGAUUUACAUAUGAUUGAAAUAAUGACUAUGCAACAUGGUUCAUCAAAAGAUACUGAAUUAAUAAAAGGUUUGGUUCUUGAUCAUGGUGCAAGACAUCCAGAUAUGCCCAAAAAACUUAAAAAUGCAUAUAUUUUAAUAUUAAAUGUUUCAUUAGAAUAUGAAAAAACUGAAGUUAACUCAGGUUUUUUUUAUUCUUCAGUUGAACAACGUGAAAAAUUAGUUGAAUCAGAAAGAAAAUUUGUUGACAAUAAAUUGAAAAAAAUUAUUGAAUUAAAAAAUUCAGUUUGUGAUUUAAAUUCGGAUAAAUCAUUUGUUAUAAUAAAUCAAAAGGGAAUAGAUCCAAUGUCAUUAGAUGUAUUGGCAAAAAAUAAUAUAUUAGCGUUAAGAAGAGCAAAAAGAAGAAAUAUGGAAAGAUUACAAUUAAUUUGUGGUGGUGAAGCACAAAAUUCAGUUGAUGAUUUAAAUGUAGAUAUUUUAGGUUAUUCUGGUUUAGUUUAUGAAACUAGUAUUGGUGAAGAUAAAUUUACUUAUAUUACUGAAUGUAAAGAUCCAAAAGCUGCUACAAUUCUUAUAAAAGGUUCAAAUAAUCAUAUUUUACAACAAACUAAAGAUGCAAUUAGAGAUGGUUUAAGAUCAGUUUCAAAUGUUUUAAAAGAUAAAUCAAUUUUACCUGGUGCUGGUGCUUUUUGGUUAAGUAGUAAUAAUUAUUUAUUAAAUGAUAAAUCUAUAUUAAAAGGUAAAAAUAAAUCGGGUAUAAAAGCAUUUGCUGAAGCGUUAUUGAUUGUUCCAAAAACACUUGCUUCAAAUGCUGGUUUAGAUCAACUAGAAACUAUAAAUAAUGCUCAAGAUGAAGUUAUUGAAAAUCAUAUAGUUGGUAUUGAUUUAAAAUCUGGUGAACCAAUGGAUCCUCAAAUUGAAGGUAUAUGGGAUUCUUAUAGAGUUAUAAGAAAUGCAAUUAGUAGUGCAACUGGUAUUGCUUCAAAUUUAUUACUUUGUGAUGAAUUAUUAAAAGCCGGUAGAUCUUCAUUAAAACAAGGUGGUGAUCAAGGUGCUUCAGCUCCUGGUGGUAUGCCUCAAGGAAUGCCUCAAGGAAUGCCUGGUGGAAUGCCAUGA